AUGUUACCAAUACAAGCAAACAUAGUAGCACAUCUGUCGUUAGAAUUGAGAAUGGAUCCGGACGAAAAUUCGGAUUCAAGAUCUAGAGAUAAUUCCUUUACAAACAUAAGACGAACAGUUUCUCUUACGAGAUCGCGGAGGAAUACUCAAAGUGGUGGUGAAGGUCAUUCUCAAACUUCUUCCUCUCAGAGGCCAAAUCUAGCAGAAAUAGUUAUAACUAGAACUGAAUCAGAGCCCAUGAUUCACGAUUCAACUCCCAAGUCUACAGUGGUGAGCUCAGAUUCAUCUUUACAGCAACCGACAUCCAUUCAACAACCAGUUGUGCAACGAGCUGAUAACACAAACGAGCUGGAUCAGGCUCAAUUUUUCCAGCAGCAUGCCGAAGAUGUGUUUGAUGCGAUGUAUAAGUUGUUUAUGGGACAAGUUGAAAAAAUAAAACGUAAGAUAUAG